UGGUUUAUUAUUUUAUCGUUCUUCUACACAAACAUAUUAAUACUCCUCCGUCCUCUAAUCCCAUCGCGAAGCCGCCAGAUCCCUUCCCCUUCAUUUGAACCGGCAAUCCAAGGGCGCGCUCUGCCACUGCACAAGGACAACCCAGUAGAGGCAUGCCGACCGCCACCUAAGCUUAUAUAUAUACCUGCUGCCCUAUUCCCCCCACUCGUAUCCCGCUGGCUUCUGAAUCACAAUGACUGCUUUCCACCCCUUUGAAGUCACUGCCCCCCAUCUCGCAUACACUUUCCUCGGCGGCUUUGUGGUCAUCUUUGGCAUGGUCAGUUUGUUUGUCAAGGAGAAGCUCUAUGUCGGCGAAGCACCUAUAGCGACUGUAGUCGGUAUCAUUAUUGGUCCCCAUUGCCUCAAUUUUUUCAAUCCUGCAGGAUGGGGUAGCGGUACUCAGGAGGUCGCGAAUGACAUUACAUUGGAAUUCACUCGCGUUGUCAUUGCUAUAUCCGUGUUUGCCGUCGGCGUUGAAUUGCCCAAGGCGUACAUGAAGCGGCACUGGCGAUCGCUCUUCUUCCUUCUGGGCCCGUGCAUGGUGUGGGGAUGGAUGGUCUCCGCUCUCCUCAUCUGGGGCCUGAUACCGGACCUAACAUUUCUCGCCUCGCUCGUGGUUGCGGCGGGCGUCACCCCUACAGAUCCCAUCUUGGCCCAGGCAGUCAUCGGAGGCAAGUUCGCCGACAAACACGUUCCCGCCCACAUCCGCCACCUCCUCUCCGCAGAAAGUGGAAGUAACGACGGGGCCGCCUUUCCCUUCCUGUACAUCGCUCUCUACCUCCUACUCGAUGCAAGCCCAGGCCAUGCCGUCGGAGAAUGGUUCUACAUGACUUGGGCCUACGAGAUUAUUCUUGGUAUUGUCAUCGGGGCCAUCCUGGGAUUUUGCGCGCGCAAGUUCAUGAAAUUCGCAGAGCGCAAACGUCUCGUUGAUAGGCAGUCUUACGUCGCCCAGUAUGUCAGUCUGGCAGUGCUGUCCAUUGGCGUUACAAGUUUGCUCGGCAGUGACGAUUUGCUUUCUGCUUUCGCUUGCGGUUGUGCUUUUGCAUGGGACGGUUUCUUCAACAAAGCUACGGAGGACGCGGUGUUCUCGAACGUUAUUGAUCUCCUUUUCAAUUGCGCCGCCUUCAUCUAUAUCGGCGCUAUCAUUCCUUUCAAUCAUUUUAACGAUCUGCCCGAUCUCCGAGUAUGGCGAUUGGUUGUGUUAGCUAUCCUCGUCCUUCUAGUUCGUCGUCUGCCUUCUAUAAUAGUAUGUUACAAGUUCAUUCCCGAUAUCAAAACGUUCAGAGAAGCUCUUUUUACGGGAUGGUUCGGGCCUAUGGGUGUCGGUGCUGUAUUCAUCUCCACGCUUGCUCGGUCGUCUUUGCCAGAGGGGGAGCCUGAGCAGAAUACAGAAGCAGUUGACCGCCUAAAAGACGUCAUCAUGCCCGUCACCUUAUUUCUUGUGUUGUCUUCGAUCGUAACUCACGGCAUGUCAAUUCCAUUUUUCUCUCUUGGUCGACGGGUCCAUUCCAUUACUUAUACUCGAUCACGAAAUCUUUCCAUGGACACGCGGGGCGACGAGCCUGCCUGGACAACUCAUGCUCGGCGUAUUAUUCCAGGCCAGGAGAUCAUUGUCAAUCGUGAUGACGACGAAGAAGGCGAUUUAGGUGUCAGACGGAGGGACACACUCACCAGCGAUUCAAAUGGUCGUAUCACGGAAAAGAUUGAGGAAGAAGAUAGCGGAGAAAGCGGAGAAAGUAGCUCAUCCCGAACAAGGCAGGGGGAAAUGAUUGAAAUGAUAGAAAAACGUGGUUCGUCUCGUCAUGGUAGCCAGGCCAGCCAGGGCGAAGCGGCGGAGGAAGGAGAGAGGUGGAGAAGUUCGAGAGGAGGAAGCCCUGAUCUCGCAAAUGACCCUGAGACACAGAGAGAGAUUGAAGAGGGAAGAGAAGAGAUCGAAGAUAAGGAAGGAGCUGGUAGAAGAACGCCUCCGCUGGCCAAAUACAGAGAAGGAAACCACCUCAUUGUGGAGAGGAAAAUCAGGGACAGUGACGAGGUUGAAGUCGAGGUCAUCCGAAAUCAUUUCGCCGAAAAUAAGAAAACGGAGAGUGACCGCUUCAAUCAUCCCCAUCGCCUCAAGUCACGAGAGCUUGACGACUUGCUUCAUCACCUGCCCAAAAGCCUCGAGCAUGCUACUUCACGGGUUCAGGAUGGCGGCAAAGAUGCAGUUGAUCGUCUCGGUCUGGGGCUGAUGGGAAUUAGAACUCCGGAACCGUCACCCCCAAUUGAAUCGCACGGCGACUCAAGACAUGAUCAUGGCUAUGGCUUGGAGAGGACGCAGAGUCCAGAGGGUCUUGCAGGGGAGGGCAGGGAUACCGAGGGCGGGGGCGAUGUGUCCCACGGGAGUGAUUAUGAAGAGGACGAGGCCAACUAUGAGGAUGUCCCGGACGAGACUCCCCGGCAAAGGAGGAAGAGAAUGAAACCACCAGCAAUUGUCGUCUCUCGGCAGAACAGCGCUGGGCCUCCAAAACGAUCCAUCCGCUCCAGGCUGUUUGGCCGACGACAACAUUCUUCCAAUUCGCCUUCCCGUGCCGAAGAAGGCUUGGCCCCUCCCAAUCAUUCCCUUCUCGCUCCAUCCUCAUCCCGUUCGCGUCCUCGGAACAUUGCUGCAGAACCGGAGUCCAUACUGGCAGAGGAUUCGCGCGGAGUAUCCUCACCUUCCCAACCGCAAAAUCUUGCGAUCCCUCUCACAAGGACCCUUUCAGCUAGCCGAUCGUCGCCUGCGGUACGCUUCGCCGAUGAUGCCAGUCCUUCGUCCGAGACAGCGCCUGGCCAGUCAAAUUAUGGCUCCAACGCUCCAGGUUUCAAGAAGAAUCCCGCUUUAGCCAUGUAUCGGUCGGCCAGUGUACAAAGUACAGGGUCCAACAAGGAUGGGCCUAGCGUCUCUUUCAAAGAACCUGAAAUCAAGCGUUAAGAUGGCAGGUUGGAAUCGUAGUUUUGUGUAACGACAGCAUUUGCAUUGACUUUGAAGCAUUUACCGUUUUUGUAUCUAAGGAGUUGAUUUGUCAUGUUCUCAUCUCUUGCAAGUGUUUCCGUUGAUCCAAUGCAUUUUAAUAACU